AUGGAAAAAGAUGAUCAAGUACUUGGAUAUAAUUUUGGGUUUAAUUAAGAAAUAAGAAAAUUCAUUAGAUGUAAAUCAAAGAAUUUACAUCUAUAGCAAAUUCAAAAAAGAGAUUUAGGCAAAUUUCCUAAUUAUGAAAGUCUUGUUAUUGAUACCUAGUAAAUUUGUUCAUCAUUAGUUUUAGAUGUGACUAUCAGAGAUUUAUCACAAAUCAGUUAUAAUUAAAAAGGAUAAUUGCUUUUAUAAAAUAAUUACAAAGCAACCCAAAAUGCAGAUAAUUGGUUAGAUUAAUAUAUAAGUAAUUCUUAACUAAAUAAUAACUAUAAGAAAUUAAUUAGAAGCUAUAUUUUACUUAGUGCCAAGGGCAUAAAUCUAUUUAAGAAUUUUUUGUUGCAAAAUACAUUUACAAUUAUAUUCUUCCUUAUCAAACUUAUCCUUAAUCCUAAAAUUAAAUGACCGUUUAAGAAUUAGAUAAUUUAGAUCGCUUAAUGAAUUCUGUAUUUAAUUCUCAUGCCUUCAAUAUUAAUACUGAUGCUUUUAGAAGAGCCUGCUCUUUGAUAACAAAUAUUUUACUAAAUACAGAAAAUAUAAAUUAAAAGCUGAUUGAGAUAGUGUAAUAAUCUAUAAAAAUAGAAUUUAGCCCAGCAACUUUAAAUAGUAUAAAUUUAUUAACUUUAAUGAAUGUUUAUCUAGGAUCUCUAAAUUUUAAUUCAAUUUAAUUAGCUGGUACAAAUAUAACUGGAUUAAGUUUCUUUGAAAGAAAUUUAAGUAAAUCUAAAUUGAAGAAUGUUGCAAUAAACUCCUGCAUUUUCAAUUCUGCUAAUUUAAUUGACAUCUUAUGA